AUGGCCGAACAAGAACAGCCACCAGGCCCGCCAAUCUAUAUGCCCCAAGGGCCUAAGCUCUCUUGCCUGGCCUUCCUGAAGAAGUACAUUGACAAGAGCUUGGGACGUGUAGCUGAACGGCGUGAACGCGACGAAUCAGCCAUAGAUCUCGCUCAAUUAGACGUCGGGGCUAUGGAGGAAGGCGAAGAACGAAAGCGCGCGGUGGAGCAGCUCGUGGAUAAGAUGGAGAAGAGAAUGUUCGAGUCGUUCGUAGACGCUGCCAUGCAUGACGCCUUACAGAUUUUGACCGGGGCGGUUGAGACAAUUGUGCGGAAUCAUGUGCCGAAUGAGAACGACGCUUCUCAAUCGUAG